AGAGGCUUGGCGAGCUCACAAGGUGCGUGGCCAGCAAAGCGCAAGGACGCUCGCCUUCUCUCCUCGCCUCUCCUCUCUCGCUGCGCCUUUGGAGAGCUUCGCCUCCUCUUCCUCCCUUUCUCCUUCUCUCCUCUUCUCUUUCUCUCUUUCUCAGACAUGCCCAACUUUGCCGGCACUUGGAAGAUGAAGAGCAGCGAGAAUUUCGACGAGCUGCUCAAAGUCUUGGGGGUCAACGCCAUGCUCCGGAAAGUGGCCGUGGCCGCAGCCUCCAAGCCGCACGUGGAGAUCCGCCAAGACGGGGACCAGUUCUACAUCAAGACCUCCACCACCGUCCGCACCACCGAGAUCAACUUCAAAGUCGGGGAGAGCUUCGAGGAGGAGACGGUGGAUGGGCGGAAAUGUCGGAGUUUACCCACUUGGGAGAAUGAAAACAAGAUCUAUUGCAAACAAACCCUUCUGGACGGAGACGGACCCAAGACGUACUGGACGAGGGAACUGGCGGGCGAUGAGCUCAUUUUGACUUUCGGGGCCGACGCCGUCGUAUGCACGAGAAUUUACGUUAGGGAAUGAAACAAAGGGUUUGCAACCCACAAAGCUCACCCGCCGUUGGGAGACGAAGGGAUUACGAAGCAGAUGUUGUGCGGAGAAAAAUACGGAGAAAAAUAAUGUAAUAACCCUGCAAUAGUAAACAUCCGAAGACGCGUCUCGCAUAUGACCGUAUGUGUCGUCUCCGAUCCCAGCCGACCAGCCCCAAAUCUCAGGCCGUUUCUAUUUACCCCCAAUUUGGGUUAGAAUUGUGUGUAUGUGUGUGUAUGUGUGUGCUUCCUUUCCCCGUCCCCAUCUCCCCUUGUUUAUGACUUAUUUUUGCAUUUGGUAGGUGCAAAUGUGUAUGAUGUCAGUAACCAUUAAAUUUAUUCGGGUAUCAUU